CGUGAUCAGGAAAAGAACAACAAAUCAUCCGCAUUGGGCCAGAGAAGCUGAUCACAGCAAAAAGAGUGGUCGUGGGUCCCCAUACACUGAUCUUCGUUAUUCCCCAGUUGGCUGUGUCUGAUCUGUAAUCAUUGGAGCUACGAUUGGAGCAAGAGAGAAGAGACGAACCAGGAACACAGCUGGACAUCAUGGCAACACGGAAGAAGGGAGUGGAUGAUUUCCAGUUUGGUAGCCGGCUUGGUGAAGGGUCCUAUUCACAGGUGUUCAAGGCCGUUGACAAGCAGUCGAGGAAGGUGUAUGCAAUCAAGAUCCUGUCGAAGAAACACAUUGUGAAGGAGAAGAAGAUCAAGUACGUUAACAUCGAGAAGUCCACGCUGAAUAGGCUGGGCCAUCAUGCAGGAAUCGUGACGCUCUACUACACGUUUCAGGAUGAGAAUUCUCUAUAUUUCGUCAUUGACAUGGCCGAGUUUGGUGAACUGCUCACAUUGAUCCGUAAAUAUGGGUCACUGAGUGAGAGCUGUACCAAGUACUACAUGGUGCAGUUGAUAGAUGCGGUGGACUUCAUGCAUUCGAAGGGUGUCAUUCAUCGUGAUCUAAAGCCUGAGAAUAUCCUCGUCAAUGGAGACAUGCGUCUCAUGAUCACUGACUUUGGUGCUGCAAAACUAUUAGACAGUGAUGAUCUUCAACGAAAGGAUCCUAAUGAACUCUACAGCGCAUCGUCGUUUGUCGGCACAGCAGAAUACGUAUCGCCAGAAUUGUUGAAAGACAACAAGUGUGGGUUUGCAUCGGACGUAUGGGCGAUUGGCUGUAUUCUGUAUCAGUUCAUAGUUGGCUUACCGCCGUUCAAGGGCAAGACAGAGUAUCUGACAUUUGAGAAGAUUGUGAGCCUCAAUUAUCAAUGGCCACAGUACUACAUCCCAGACUUGAUAAAGGACGUUGUCUACCAUCUGCUACAGCUGGAUCCCUGCUCAAGGCUCACGAUAAGGCAAUUGCAGCAACAUCCAUGGUUUGCACAUCUACAAUGGGAGAACAAGUCACAGAUAUGGGGUGUGCCGCCGCCAAAGAUGGAGCCUUACAACCACAUGCUGGAGCAGUUCACACAGUCAAGUGCUCAAUUCUCUCAGCUGAGAAUAAAGAAACAACCUGCUAGUGCCAUGAAGAAACAGCUGUUGAACAAUACUAUCAACCAGAUACGUAACGAAAGCACUGGAAUGCUCUAUAACGAUAGUCCCAUGAAGACCGCUCUUCCAAAAGUGAGUCCUACGCAAACGUCGCCCACGAGACUAAGGGCACAACAGCCAACAGCACCACCAUCGGUAUCACCUUUACAGAAGCGUCAACAACCGACUCCAGUGAUGGCACCGUUGGCAUCUAACUCUCGCACAAAUGGUGCUAAGCCACAGGUACAGAUGAGGAGCACACCGCAACAUCAAACGCAACCACAGCCAAUAUUACAGCCAAAGUUACAACCCCAACCACAGCAGACAAUGUUGUCACAGAGGAAUGGCAAUCAGCCAAAAGUUGUGUCACAGGCACCAAACACGAGCAAGGCUGUUCCUAACAAUGCACCAUUAAUCAAGGUUCCACAGUACAUUGCCGACAAGGUUGAACAACAGCAGCAGCAUCAGCAACAGCAGCAGCAUAAUAAUGGUACUAAGAAGCAGGCCCAACAACAGGCCUCAGCUGCUCCUAAGGAGUCACACAGACCAGCUGCUAGACCAUCACAGUCGCAAACUACACCAUCACAAGCACCACAGAAUAAGCUCAAUGGGAGCUCCACUGUUUCUCCACCAAAUAUUCCACCACCAAAGCUAUCAGACUCCUUAUCUUCCUCAAAGGUGAUAUCUAUCCCAGAACAGGUGCUGAAGGUACUACAAAAGUCCGAGCACAUCAUCAAGCUGGAUUUCAUCCACAUGUCAGAGUUGACAUCAACGCAGUGUAACAUUAAGAACUUUGAGAAUGCAGGGCUAGAUGAUUUAACCAUUCAUAAGAUUGUCAAGAACAACCAGACCACGCUUCAUACCAAUCUAAGGAUUUAUGGACUGGCUAUCACAGACUAUGGACACUUGAUAUUGUACCAACAGGGCAAAUUGCACACUGUUGUUGACCUGGUUAUUGACCUCACAGAUAAGCUAUUUGCCAUGUAUGACUACGAGUUCGACGAAGAAGACCAAUCUGGUUAUUUGAUAUUGGAGAUGAUUUCUAAGGAUAGAUUGAUAUUCCUCUCACCACUGGUCUCAAAACUCAAAGGCUGUGAGCUUGUUGGUGAAGAUAUGACAUGGGUUGAGGCGCUGAUGAAGACCAAAAGGUUGUUGAAGGAUAGAUCACCGAACACAUCGUCUACUCCAAGUUCAUCGGGCUCUCCGGCGCCGGCAUCCAGGUCAUCAACCACAUCAGCUUCGAAGCCACGCUCUCCAUCAGUGAAAACGCCUGGAACACCACCACUUCCUCAAUCACAGCCACAGCCAGAAAAGACCAGAAGAGUAGCAUCAAGCAGUAUGAACACCGGCAAACCUCGUCCUACACCAGAGGCAAAGAUGGUCCAAAACAAGAAGUUCGCAGGUGGAGCAGCCGCAGCAGCGUUUAGAAGGAUGAAAUAGAAACUUAUUCCCCCCUCUCCAAUCGUCAUGUUCACGCUGUUAUCGUAUUCAGUGUAUAUUUCUACUGUAAUAAUGAUCAUUACUCGUACAAGA